AUGCUUCUGAAGCUAAAGUGCACUGUCAAUAACUACGCAUGGGGACCCAAAGGAAAUUCUAGCAUGGCUGGAAGUCUUGCAUUAGAUGGUGGUCAUAUUCCAAAUCUUGACAAAGACAAACCAUACGCUGAAUUCUGGGUGGGAACUCACGCUAACGGGCCGGCCCACGUCAUCGAAAAAGACAUCGCUCUUAAACAACUUUUGGCUACAUCGCCAGAGUUACAGGGAAAACAUGAAAAAGGCAACCUUUCAUUCCUCUUCAAAGUGCUUUCCGUUCUUGGACCACUCUCAAUCCAAAUUCAUCCAACAAAAGAACAAGGAAAACUUCUUCAUGCUACAGAUCCGAAGAACUAUCCAGAUGACAACCACAAACCAGAGAUCGCAAUUGCUCUGACUGAAUUCGAGCUUCUUUCCGGAUUUCGGCAACAUUCACAAAUUAGUGAAUAUCUGAAAUUGUACUCUGAAAUUCAAGAAUUGCUCACCGAAGAAGAGAAAAGUCAAAUCGACAGUUUAGGAUCUUAUGGAGAGAGUUCUGCACAGGUUCUCAAAAAGAUCUUCUCAAGAAUUUGGCGAACUCCAAAGGAAAAACUUCAAAUAGUUGUUGAUAAACUUGCCAGACGAAUUCAAGGACAUGAAAACAAAACGGCUCUUGAUGAAAUAAUUGUCUACCUUUUCACAUUGUACCCUGGAGAUGUUGGUGUAUUUGCUCCAAUUUUCUUGAACUACUUCAAAUUACAACCUGGAGAGGCAACAUUUUUAGAACCAAACAUGCCACAUGCUUAUUUGAAAGGAGAUUGUGUUGAGUGUAUGGCAGACAGUGACAAUACUAUUCGAGCUGGAUUAACACCAAAAUAUAUUGAUGUAGAAUCAUUGGUUGAAAUGUUGAAUUAUGAUGAGACCCUGCUUCCAAAAUAUAUUCCAAAUGAACUGGACGAUGGAUCACUACUAUUUACUCCACGUGGAAUUGAUGAGUUCUGGGUGCAGGAAGUCAAAGGACCCGCUGGAUCGAUCUACCAACUUCCUUACUCCGAAUCAUGUUCUGUCUUGACGGUUCUCUAUGGUACUGCAACAGUUACAUUGGGAGAUGCAUCACAAGUAUUGAAUCGAGGAGAAGUCGUUUUCAUUGGAGCUACACAUGACGCUGAACGUCCCAAGAUUAAUAUUUCUGAUGAUUUUCUUGCAUUCCGAGCGUUCACACCAUCACCAAGAGCCCUCGAAAGUCUUUCAAAUAAGCGUCUGAUUAUUGAUUAAUUCAGAAAUCUUUUUAUGUCUUUAUAUAAUUCACCACAGUUUUACGCAAUGAUUGUAUUUAAAAAUUAAACUUGCCAUGCUAUAGCUUCCACGUUAUUUCAGCUAAAAAUUGGAAUUUUGGAAUUUCAAUUACAUACAAAAGUGCUAGUCACUGUUUUUCAUUAUCUAGGGUUGUUCAUAAUAAAUUUUUAUUCCUU